AGAAAGGGACAAAAGACUGACCAACCAAAUUAAAGGAAUGGCGUCUCCUGCAUCGAUGGCGGCCCGCAGGGUAUUAUCUGCUGCAUCACACGCAGGCCAUGAGGGAGGAUCAGCUAGGACCUGGAAGAUCCUGUCGUUUGUGUUGGCCCUACCUGGUGUGGCCGUCUGCAUCGCCAACGCCUACAUGAAGAUGCAACAGCACUCCCAUGAACCCCCUGAGUUUGUGGCCUACUCACACCUUCGCAUCCGCACCAAGAAAUGGCCCUGGGGUGAUGGCAACCACUCUCUCUUCCACAACCCUCAUGAAAAUGCUCUUCCUGAGGGCUAUGAGGGCCCCCGUCACUAAGGAAACCUAACUCUAUGCUGAUCAUCCACCUUCCCUGAUUGCUACAUGCUGAAUAUCUGUAAUCUAUAGCUCUAAUGAACCUGGCAUUAUGCUACUGACCAAGGGGCCAAUUAGCAACACUACUGACUGUGGUGCUCCCAGUCAGAUAGAAAUAAAAAAUAUAAAAGUUUUACUGUAAUCACA